AUGUCGAAACCUAGUAAAGAACAUUGGCACGGUGCAAAAAGAGUCCUGAGGUACAUCAAGGGUACUGUUAACUACGGUCUGGUGUUUGAAGGCAUUAACGCACAAAAUGUUCAUUAAUUGGUUACUCAGAUGCUGGUUGGGCAAAUGAGAAGAUACGAGAAGAUCAACAUCUGGAUAUGUUUUUCAGAUCAAUGGAUCAACAGUGAGCUGGUGCAGCAAAAGACAGCCCUGUGUAACAAGAUCAACUACAGAAGCUGAAUAUGUGGCCCUCAGUCAUGCAACACAAGAAAUCGUGUGGCUGAGAAGAUUACUCAACGAUAUCGGAGAAAAACAAGAUCAACCAUCCAUUAUGAAUGAAGAUAAUCAGGGAGCCAUUGAGCUAGUAUCCAACAAUCCACGAUUCCACAAUCGUACGAAGCACAUAGACGUGGCAUAUCAUUUUGUUCGCGAAAAAGUCGGUGACAAAUCCAUCAAUGUGAAUUACUGCAGUACAGAUAAAAUGUUAGCUGAUGUUAUGAGGAAGAGUUUACCAAGACAAACUUUUCAGAAGUUUAGAGACAUGUUGAAUGUUAAAGAGAUCUUAGUUUAA